CGGAUCUGGAAACACAGGUUAUGACUGGCCAAAGUGAAAGAUAAGUUGACUUUUCAUCGUGAUAAAGUUAAACGGGUGAGUAAGGAGCAUGCCAUCAUAAAGAGGAGCCGGAGGGGAUAAGAGGAAGAGAGAAAAAAAAAAGGAAGAAGGAUCGGGCGAAGAGAUGGCACAGCAAGAAGAGCCACUGUAUGACUUCCCAGAGCCCACGAAGCCGUCAGCAUGCAAGUCCUUGGGUCAUCAAAGGGGACGGGGAUCUCUGAGAAGCAUCAGCGUACUGGACCGUCUCCUGCUCACAGUUCCUGUCUGGCUUCAGCUGUCAAUCAACCCCGCCACCGCUCUGCACAUACUUCAGAGGGAGCCUCCUGGGACGUUCCUGGUGCGUAGGUCUCGCACAUCCCAGAAGAAUGUGCUGUGUGUCCGUUUGGCGGAUGACAGCGUGCCAUCCUUCGUUCAGCAGUUUGGUAUCAGGGAGGAACAAUCCACUCUGUCUCUGGAGACUUCAGCCAUCAGCUUUCCAGAUCUCCCAAGACUAAUUUCCUUCUACUGUGUCAGCAGAGAUGUAUUACCGUUCCCUCUGGAGCUUCCUGAAGCCAUUGCAAAGGCAACAUCCCACAAGGAGCUGGAGUCCAUCUCACAUAUGGGAAUAGAAUUCUGGAGGUCCCACCUAAACAUCCGUGGGCCACGGGACGAGAACAAGAAGCCAGAUGUUUUACCCUCGGCCCCGCCCACUUCUGCCCCGCCGACGAGCUCUGCAGCUCAGUCUGAUUCAGCUCACCAGCCCAACUCAGAGAGCCUGCUCAACACAGAAUCCAGAGCUUCCACCAAACACUCGGGUCAGGCCACCCUGUUCCACGAGUUUUGUCCGAUCACGACGCGCAGCCCCCGAGAGCUGGACUGUGGGUCCGGCCUGGGCGCCCUCUGCUUCAUCAACCCCCUUUUCCUGCAGUCCCAGAAUGCUUUGUCCAGACGCCGCAUGUUCAAACGCAGCCUCAAAGUUCGAAUUUCCACAGAGACGUCGACCCUGCUGUCGCCGCCGCUUGCUCCUCCUCCUCCACCACCUCUCAUGCCCAAAACCAAAGGUAAAUGUAAAGCCCGGAAAUGUGGACAAGCCCAACUCCCGGGUCAAGCCACUCAGAUUGGUCCAACAGUUCAGGACUCCCAGUCCCAGCCUUUGAUACAGACACAGGACACCCCUAGUGAGGCACAAGUUCAGCCUGCGUCAGCAACUCCUCACCAGCCUGAGAUGCAGGAUCCAGGCCAACCACAGAUGGAACCGGGCCAAAGUAAAUCUGGAGCCCUGGGAUUGGAGGCUACGGCUCAGCUGCCAGCAGUAAUGGAGAAUCUUCCAGAUGACUCAGACUACAUGCAGCCAUCUUCGAUGAUCAAUUCCUCCCAUUCUCCCAUAUUCUCCCCUUACCUCUCCCCAUCUGCUUCUCCCAAAGCACCUCCCCUGUUUCCCAAAGUAUCUUCGUCCGUCUCUCCUCGUGACUUUCCCUCUCUCUCGCCAUAUCAGUCUCCAUCUAUUUCUCCCAAGGUUCCCUUUUCCCUCUCUCCACAUUGCUCACCCAGUGCUUCGCCUUCUCUCUCGCCAUAUCAGUCCCCUUCUCUUUCUCCCAAGGUUCCCUUUUCCCUCUCUCCACAUUGCUCACCCAGUGCUUCGCCCUCUCUCUCGCCUCAUCAGUCCCCAUCUCCUUCUCCUAAAGUCCCCUUCUCUCUCUCCCCCUUCACCUCUCCGUCCUUCUCUCAGCUGGCAGAACAGGCCUAUCGCACACGUGCUGCUCCUUCAAGACCAGAUCGGCAGAGAUCAGAGAGAGAGGCUGAGGAGGAGGGAGCAGGUGAAGAUAAGGAUGAGGAUGAUGAGACAAAUGAGGAAGAGGCGGAAGAGGGUCUGGUUUUACAGAUGAAUGCUGCUUCUCUUAGUGACACAGACAGCUGCAGCUCCUUCAGUAGUCUUGAGGGGGCAGCAGAGACUCCACCUCACCCACCCCACAAACAGGACAACAGUACAAGCCUCUAGCGAACAAACAUCUUAAACUGGAACUAUCAUGUAUAUAUCAUGAAGCUUUUUGUAGAAUUGUUUAGUGUAGAUAUUGUGACAACAUCCCAGGGUCUCACCAUUAAAAUGUGUUUAGCAUGGAGCAACACAUUUAAAUAAGUUACAAAACCAAAGAUUUCAAUGACGAUACUGUUUGUUUUGCAUGUUUUAACUGCAGCUGUAGCUUUUUUAUGCUUCGUCAUCCAUUCUUAAGUAUACCCCAGGCUGAUUUCUGACCUGACAGGGAGCCAUUUGUUUCUUUUGAUGUUAGUUUUUUUCUGAAAAUUAAAUUAAUAAUUGCAAACUUUAAACUUUCUUGAGUUAGGUAGUCCACAGUUACCAUCACUUUUUGCAUCAAAAAGUACAAAUAAAACAUCUUAUUUUCAUACUUUGUAAUACUGUUACUACCAAAAUAGAACAAGUAGAUGAUAUGAAUCAUCAUGCUGUUUCUGAAACUAAACAGUUUCUGUUAAGCAGAAUCACAUAAAGGCACCAACAUUUAAAGGUCCAGUGUGUAACAGGAGGAUCUAUUGGCAGUAAUGGAAUAUAAUAUUCAUAGGUAUGUUUUAAUUUGUGUAUAAGCACCUAAAUAUAGGACUUGUUGUGUUUUUGUUACCUUAGAAUAAGCGGUUUUUAAUCUUCGCUGUGGGUGACCUUCCAGUCCGCCAUGUUUCUACAGUAGCCCAGAACAGACAAACCAAACAGUGGCUGUAGAAGGGGGCUUUUAGCGUUUCUUUCCAUGAGUUUCACGGCCACCGUAGUUUCUCCUACACACUUCACUGUCCAUUCUCAUUCCCAGGGCAUCAAAUUCAGUUGCUAGCAGUGUUCAGUUAGUUGCAAUCCGCAACUUCACAACUAUAUGCUACUAAAUCUUACACACUGGACCUCUAAGUGGUUCUUGCAGUAACAUUAGAGGUUUGGUUCAGAGACAUUAUUCUGGUUCCUUGUAGGAGAAAAUGUUGAAUUGCAGUUGCCCACAAUCCCAGUAUAUUGUGCAGGCUUGAGUUGUUUAAUUUCUUUCUUAGGAAACCACCACCACCAUGUCUUCCUACUGUGAUAUCUUUUAAAGUAAACGUAGAUAAUGUAAUUAAUGUCCUACUUCAAUCAUCAGCCAAUUUCUAUGUUAUUAAAAUAUGUUUAAAGUCAGUCUCAGAUUUGAGGGUGAAUUGAA